AUGCGGUGUCAACUCGUGCGGCGUGGCGGGACGUCCAUGGACGCAGUAGCGCUGUUUCUACUACUCCUAUCCGCAUUAGGACUGCACCUCGCGGCUCCAGUCGCGGCUAGGGAUGUUAUCGACUCGGUGCCUCCAAUUGCGGCCGUGGAAAAGCAGGACAAGAAGGCGCAGUACCUGCAUCCGACGGGAGUCGACAAGGGAGGCGUUGCACGAGAUGGUGAUAAGGGUUUUAUUCGAUUCAAGGGCAUACUGGAAAGAGAGACCUCUCCUGAGUUUAUAAAAUGUGCCGAUGACGUGGAGAAGGAGGAGAGUUUACAAGUAAAAGAUGGCGGUCAAGGUGUUGACAAAGGUGCAGAUUCUCGUGUGGUAGAAAAUGCGAACGAGGAGUUUGAAUCAGAGCGCCAAACGGCUGGGCUGAAAAUGACUUCUGCACCAAUCGGUGUCGUUGUUGGUGCUGGAGGCAUUGACGACGGCGUAGCAGGCUCUGCGGGUAUUUUGGCUAGAUCAAAAGAUACUAUCGUUUCGACAGGACUGGGCUUGACGGAGCUUAGUACACCAGCAGGCUCUGAAGAUGUUAGUGCAACGGUAGAACGAAAGGGCACUGACACCCACGCGAGGUCACAUGGACUGAAGAUCUCUGUUGGUUCCAUUGACUUGAAUGUGGCGGCUGAUUUUGAAGAUGUUCGUACCACCCCGAGUAUCAGUGGCUCUGAUGUCACUGUCGAUUCUCACAAGAGUCGUCAUGAUACCGGGGAUAAGGAUCGUGAUGCAUGUGCUGAGUUCGACUCUACCUACGUUGAAUCGGGUUUACCGGACAUUGAGAUUUCUGCGGCCUCUCCAGGUAGCCGUAUCGCCACCAGCUCGUUGGAUGUUGAUACUUCAAUGGGUUCUCUAGUAGCUCACCCCGACUCUAGCUCACUGGAUCCCACCGGCUCUCCUGGUAUCGACCAAGUUGCCCAGGUUACUGCAAGUCCUUUGAAUCUAGAGGAGUUUGAAAAGUCCAGUAGCAUUCGUGUUGUUGUUGGAUAUGUUGAAGAUAACGCUUCGACGGUGAAUAACGCGUCAUCCGGUUGUAUUGAAGAGCCUUCGCUCACUGAUGAUAUGAGGACUGCACCAUGCGCGAGCAAGUCGGUCCUUGCUCGACCGAAAGUUCUUGCGCGCACGGCAGAUGACAAGUUGACAGUAUUUAACGAAAAUCUCGCAGUGCCAGAAGAGGCAUCAUCUACGGCCAACGUUACAAAGUUGGGAUCCUAUGGAGAUCGCAACGAAGUCGUUGAGGUAUUAUCUCUCGCUGAGCAGAGCAUUUCUUUGAGUGAGCCAAAGACCGGAAGCGAAAGAUGGCGGAAUGGCAGCGAGCAACACGUGCCUUACACCUCGACUUACUGUCGAUGUAAGGCAUCGGAGUGUCAGAACAUGUACCCUGGGGACUCUAGCAGACCAACGUGCGAACAUAGACUUUUUGGUAGCUCGUGUCCAUCAGGAUACAAGACGUGCGUGUCAACGGAUUCUUAUAAGGUGUCGACAUCGUCUGCCACUCCUUACAGUGUUGCAGAAGCAACGUUUACGCUUUUGGCGGCCGAUAUCGUUGGAGCAUUCUUUAACUUGGGCGAAGAGGAUCCGAUGACCCGCAAAAGUAACUGGUGGAUCACUAUCUCGCUACCGAGUGGCUGGAGAUUUGUUGCAUGGGAACGCACUGCAGUAAAGGUGACCCUGCGAAUAGGCAACAAUGACAUUGUUUCCUCUGUACGCGUGUACAGCUGCUUCGACGUAACGAACGAUAAGAAUUGUGACGCCGAUACACAUCGGUACGGCUUUGUCGAUGUCAUGGAUCUACUUGAAGACCGAACGGAUUUGAUGAGAUCAAGCUCUGGAGGCCCGAUGUCAUUCGUACUUUCGGAAAGCAUUAUCACGGGUGCGUGCACUAGCGCACCCGGUGGCUCAGCGGGUGUGAGCGUGUCGCUAUCCUAUGAGACUUCAUCUGGGACUCUUAUGUCUGCUCCUGCUUCCCGACGGAUGCGUAAAUUGACGGUCGCUCCUGCUGACUCUGCUGCUUUAUCUCCGGGUUUAGGCGCGUUUACUCUUGCUACAAUGGCGUUGCCCUCGGUCCAGAGAGGCCGGCUGGAUUCGUCCCUGUUGUGGAUGGAAGAGGAUACGGAAAUAAUGAUGCUGUCUUUCUCAACGUCCACCAUCGUUGGCCCCGGAUCGAAUAACCCAAAGGUAUGCGUUAAUUUGCGUUCCUCAAGUUGUGCCAGUAAAGGGCGUGAGCCCACAUCCACUGUGGCUUUUGAAACGUCUUCGACGGCGUCGUAUGUCAAAGGUGGCAAUCCAUUCAUCAAUUUAUACGCUGGUCCGGGCGACACAAGACUUAAUGUCCAGAGCGAAAAUUCUACCUAUUUCUGCGUGACAGAUCUUCUUCCUUCUGGUGUCAAAAGGAACGAAUCUUGGGAGAUAAGGAGGACGUUUACGUUUCAGAUUCAAAUGACUCAUGUCGACUGGACUGGCGAUGAGAAUCAGAAGGGUGGUAACGCAAACGGAUUUAAUCUGCCUCCUCUUGGUGAAGUCGUUUUGAUGGAUGACAGUGGCGUGCUGGCAACUGACUGUGCUCAGACACUGGUACACGCGAAAACACACUCGAAGUACAACCUGAGUGUGUACAGCGUGAUGUCGAUCACAUUUUUUGCUGUUGCUCUGGCUGGCGCGGUUCUAAUUACACGAAUGAAUGGUAUCUCGUUUUCGAAAUUGACGUUUUACAACGACAUGACAUCGCUGUCUGUGAUGAUGAUUUUCGUUCUUUGUAUCGUUGGCAACGCGAUUUGGAUUCGAGUGGCUACAAAUGCGUCUUCAGCGAGAGGAACCGCUGUUUACUACUUGCUGUUCACGAUUGCUACGUGCUUUACGUGGACGAUGAUGACUUCAGUAUGCUUUCAUUGGGGCACGGUGCUGUUCCACGACGUGGGGCCGUCUGGUCGUUUGUUGAUGUUCACCAUCUACGUGGUCAUGAAUGUGAUGUUCUACGGUAUCCAACUUUUUGGCGUCGUAAGUCUUACGGAUUUCUACAAGUGCACCUACGACGACUAUCUCAAGAACCCUGUUUAUAUGAUGCGACUGUGCUCGAAUGAUUACUGCCCUGAUCUACAACCUAGACAGUGGCGGUAUGCGGUGGACAACGUAUGCAAAGAUGUCAGUUACUCUGCUUGGUUUUUCCCUCUCCAACAGAGUGGCGUGUUGUUGAUCUUCCUUGCCUCGGUAGCAUUGCUUGUACUCGGUGCGUUCGUGAUCCAACGAGGCGUGCGGCUAAUUGAUCAAUCCGGUGACAUAUUCGAUGAUCACGUGGUGAAAGUGAUGAAGAAGUCUUUGAUUACAUACUUGGUGGUGAUACUAUCGAUUGCGCUCGUGCUCGGGACGUCCACCAUCGUGAACUUCAUUCUGCACUGGAACAGUUGGAGUAUGGACUCCGUCGUUUGGUACAUUUUCUCCAUUUGGCUUCCGACCCUGGUACCUCCGAUUGGCUUUUUGCUUUUACAGUGGAAUCCACGACUGCGUGGGAUGAAUUGGAGCCCAUCGUCACAUGUUAAGGAUCCAGAGGUGCUACAUCGUGCGAUGUCAAGCAUCUCGGAGAAGGCUGAAAGUGGCAAGAUUGCCAUGUCAGCAAACGACACAGGGCUUAGCGAUGGUUGGACAGGCAUUUUACAUUUUCCUGACACCGAGUACAAUCCAACGAGCCAGGAGAAUGUAGAUGGUGCGCAGAAUGUGCUGGCGCUAGCAGUCCAGCUGUUGUCACCUGUUCCUCUUACGCACGCGUGCUUCGUUGAGCUAUAUGUUGCGGAAAACACUACACCAGAGGCCAGCGGCAACGACGUUGGUGAGGACGAAUACCACGAGGAUCUUCCAAUAAUGAAUUAUCGUCGUUCUUCGAUCAGCUCUUUUAUUGAAAGUGGGAUACACCAAGAAGGCAUCUUCAGUCGUCGUAGUUAUUCCCAAUCGCUGCUCGGCCCUGGGGCCGUACCCAUGCCUUCGUACGUUUCUGUUCCAGUAGCGAAGUGGUCUCGUGUGGGCUUCACCGAGACGGUUUUACCGACACUAGUGACUGGCAACGUUGAGAAUAGUGGUGCAGUGACCCAAGUUGCCACUUUCCUGUCGAUACUUCAGAUACCUGCAAUGCACGCCAAUUCCCUUCUUCGCUUUGUGGUAUACGAGAUCCCGGAGAAGACUUCCUUGCAGUUGUCCAAUGAUGACUUGUGCUCCGAGUCGCAUCAAGUGAUGCGUGCAUCUUCCCUACAGCUGGACGAACGUGCUAGAAUCGCUUGUGUGUCCGGAAUGGGUAUGGCGCCAUCCUCACGACCUAAAGUUUUCUGUGACUUCUCGUGUACGCGUGAUGACAUUCUCGCGGCAGACGAAGUGAAUCUAGUGGCACGACAGAUUUCGCAUCGCUCCGCUUCGUCUAGUAUAGCCGUUCUACAGGACGAAGCUCGUACUGAGUCGCUAAAUUCAGCAGCAGCCACUGGGACUUCUGCCCCAGGAGUGGACCCAUCGGUGCCUUGCUUGCGGGUCAAGUCGAUGACUUCAUCGCCUCGCCAAUUGAAGGAGAACUCUGGAUUCUACAUCACCAAAAGUUUCCAGUUCGCGGAAGGCGACGAGAUGGUGAUUGAAGACAUGCUCGAAAGUCCUCUCACAAACGAAGUGCCUCGACAGUAUCUGGAGCUGCUUGUGUCCGAGCGGGCUGACGAUUUUGCGCGCGCACAAGCGGACGCUACAGACUUUGAGGCAAGAGUGAAGAGUGGACUUGUCGGUAAUUUGUACGAUAACUUGAUUGAGCAGAUACAGGGUGAGAAUGACCGGACGUUGGUGCAAACGUGGCUGCACCACCGCGUGCAACAACGCAAGAUGUAUGUCGAGGCAUUGCGUGAGUGUCACCAAUUAUGCAUCGACCGUGCCGAAAAGGGGCUCAAUUUUAAGGCCAGUACUGAGAAAAAGAGUCUGGUGCUGCGAUUCCUGCCUAUCAAUCUGCACGUGCAGGACAUGUGGGUCGGCCCGAGUGCCGACCUACGCUCCCAGCAAUCGAGAAGGACGUCGACAAAUGUUAGGGUGUACCCGACCGUAACUGUGGGUGCAUUUGCUGCGCACUGCUUCAAGUUCCGUCAUGGCGGAAGCAUUCUUAGUUUGCGUUCGGCGUUGCAGAAACGAUCACUAUCGCGCGUGCAGAGCAAUGUCUCGGAUACCAGUGGCACCAAUGUGGUGGACUGGAGUGGCGCUGAUGUACGUGCUGCCGACGAGACACGAUGGCAUCUCACGACUCGAUUUGAUAUGUGCUUUUCGCAAGCAGUGACAACGCUGGUUACGUCUUUUUGUCGUCAGCUGGAGUGUUCGUUGCAGCACCCAGUGGAUCGUUCGUUCCUGCACACGAUCAACGCCAUUGGCUUUCUGUUUCAGGUCGAGUCAUUGCUGUCUACACAAGGCAAGGAGAUUGGAAUGCUAGAAGACUUUUCGGCAGCCGUUGAUGCACUGAAGCACGUUACGUUUGUCCUCGAUGCAUCGCCUCCAUCGCACCUUCCAUCAACAUUGCUCAAUCUUCACAUGACGAACACCACGCUUCCAAGCGUUGUCUCCGUUAGGUUGAGUAAGGGGUCUACAAUGGGGAUGUUUACCGUCACAAUUGGUGUACGUUGCUCGGACGACGUGCGAGCCUCGAUUCCACCCACCAUUCGAUCAGGAGGCCCGAUUUCUGUCACGCCAGUCAUCUUCACACAAGGUAUCAAUGAAAUGCAGACGCUGGCAAACAACGCCAGCAGCAAGAAGACAACGCUGCAAGAUGUCAUCAACCGCAAGAGCCUUUUCGUGUUGUCACGCUACGUUGAGAAGUACAAGGCGUUUGCUGCGAAUUUGCCGGACGCAAUGCUGACGCCCAUAUCGACCAUUGAGCCUCUGCUAAACUCGCUGGAAGAGCGCAUUGCCACUGCGAGUAAACGGCAAGUAGUCAAAUCGAAGCAUCCGCAGAUCGUUCAGGAGAGCUCCCACUUGUGCCGACUACUAGGCGCUGGGCGCGCAACGUCUUGCAAGAGUGCCAAGGACCGCACGGGCAUGUCGGUGACGCUCGAGCAGGUGCGACUGCUGAGUGAAAACCACGGCUUGCCUGAGGAGUUUGUGGUCCGCACCGUGUCAACGAUGCGCAGCAAUGGCGUGCGCCUGGAGAACGCUCUGAAAAACACUGGCAAGCGUCAGUACGCGUUCAACUCGUUGCAGCGGUCUCUGCUUCCUGACGAGUACAAGUGUCCUGAGGGCACCUAUGGUCGCGGCAACGUGAGUUGA